GAGAGAGCGCGCGCGCAGGGGUCCCCUGCAAAAGACUCGCGCGUCCCGCUCAGUGCAGACGCGCGGUAGCCCUCCAGGCGAGCUGACGGAGGCCCCGAUUCCCUUGGGUGAAUUACGCAGAAAAAUCCAGGGACCUUCCGGCCAAGGUCUUGGCUGCCGUAACCUCACCUUGCGCGGUCCGCAGGGAAAGCCUGGGAAGGAGGAUGUCAAGAGCGAGCGCUACGGCCCCCCAUCCCAUUUCCACCUCCGCGAGCCCAGCUAACGCGCUCCUGGCGCGCCUGCCAGCCGCGCCCUCACCUCAGAGGCGCGGAGUCCUGGUGGGCGCAGCGCGGGCGCCGAGGGGUAGCGAGCGGGAGCGGCGAGGAGCCGCCGGGAUCCCGGGGCAAGCCGCACUGAGAGGGCGCCGAGUGUCUGAAGCGGGGCGCUGGGGCUCGGGACGUCUGGGGCUCCCGUCGGAGUCCCAGGAGUGAUCCUGCGGCGGGCUGGAGGAUCUGGAGACUCAGCCGCGGGUCCCCCGGCCCGUCCUCAAGCAUGAGCCGCACCGCCUACACUGUGGGAGCCCUGCUUCUCCUCUUGGGGACCCUGCUGCCCGCCGCCGAAGGGAAAAAGAAGGGGUCCCAAGGUGCCAUCCCCCCACCAGACAAGGCCCAGCACAAUGACUCCGAGCAGACUCAGUCUCCCCAGCAGCCGGGCUCCAGGAACCGGGGGCGUGGCCAGGGGCGUGGCACGGCCAUGCCCGGGGAGGAGGUGCUGGAGUCCAGCCAGGAGGCCCUGCAUGUGACCGAGCGCAAAUACCUGAAGCGAGACUGGUGCAAAACCCAGCCGCUGAAGCAGACCAUCCACGAGGAGGGCUGCAACAGCCGCACCAUCAUCAACCGUUUCUGCUACGGCCAGUGCAACUCCUUCUACAUCCCCAGGCACAUCCGGAAGGAGGAGGGCUCCUUUCAGUCCUGCUCCUUCUGCAAGCCCAAGAAGUUCACCACCAUGAUGGUCACCCUCAACUGCCCCGAACUGCAGCCGCCCACCAAGAAGAAGAGGGUCACGCGAGUCAAGCAGUGUCGAUGCAUAUCCAUCGAUUUGGAUUAAGCUGGGCACAGCCAGCCUGGCCUAGGGAUGCAGCCCCAGGCGGGCCCAGAGCCAGACCUAAAACGACCUGAUUCUUACUUGGCUUCAACCUACAGGCAAGAAGAACCACCAGCUGCCUUCGGACAGGAGCCUGCUAGCGCGUAGUCUGUAUGCAUGAGUGUGCGUGCGUGUCUGGGGGUUUGCAGACGCCAGAGGAGGGCACUUCCUAUAUGCAAACGUAUCCGCUUCCACGGGGCUGGCACAGAAAGCCCACCCCCGGGGAGGCACGUGAAAAGGGGCAGGGCUGCGGUCAGGUGCUGCCGGUGUAUUCCACGUGCCCUCCUGGGGACCAGAAUCUCCCUUCUGAAUGAAUGUUAAUGCAAGAGGCUCCUCUGAGGGCAGGAGACCUGUUUUAGUGCUGCGUUAUACUUGGAAAAGGUAUUUCUGCCUGUGCUUGCUUCUUCCCCCUCGCCUCCUCCCUUCCACAUCCAUCCCUUCUUACUAUCUCAGUGACUGUUUCAGUCUAAUUCCCUCUCUGCCCGGAACUCUCAGUUAGCUCACUUGACCACAGACCUGACUGUUUCUCAUUUGGGGAAGGGUCUUCCGACUCGGGGAAGCUGGUGUGCGCCAAGGGCAAGAAGGACACAGGAGGGAGAGAAGGGAGGCACGGAGUGGGAGGCCAGUUGGGCACAGCACGAGUUCCGUAGGGAGAUGUGCAGAGUCUUGAAAGGCCAACCCCGAGACACAGUGCGACCCAUGCUUCAGCAAGUUUCUCCUGGUAUUGAACGGAAACCAAGUGAACAGAGGAGAAACGAAAUUGCCAAAAAAGCACUAACUUUGGCUGUCGCUGUGAUCUGUUGAAAUUGGCCGUAACCCAACCCAACGCCAAACUUAAAACAUAAAUAUUGACCACUCCUCUUUUCAGAACCGAGUGAGUGAGCAAAACCAAGAUGACCCCUACCCCCCUUCACCCCUCAGGCAGAAAAUAGAUGUAGUCCAGAUGCUGGGAUAGGAAGAAAACAAACACCUCAAAAGCAGAAGGUCCUCGGAUCUUUCCUUUUGCUUGGUUGUAAUCACCUCUUUCCCAGUUCAUUACUUCUGUGUGAUGCUUCUGAGAGCCACAACCCUGUGUUAUAAAGAGUCUGCCUCUGCUAAGUGCACCUGGCAGUGAAGAACCAGGCUGAGACGGGAGAGUUGAGGGUGUGCUCCUUUUGAGUUAGAAGUAUACCGUGGGUCUUCUUGUUUUAGCCAUUGGUGGGAGAUUGAGCUGGGGAGCAGAGGAGAAUAAAGAAGUAAAGGAGACUGCCUCUGGCUACGGAGUAGUUUAAGGCCUGGGAGGAGGUAUAAGGGAUGUGCCCUCCCCUUCUUCCUUUGCUUUCUCAGGGUCUAAUGGGAAAUCCCAGUUAAGAAAUCAGAGUAUCUGGGGGGGAAUAAAGUCAGAUCCUUCGGGUGCAUUAGCUGUCUCUCUACUGGUAGACCCCUCCUCUGAUUAAACUGGGGCUCCUCCCCGUCCCUGCUUAGGAUUUAUCUAACAGACAAAUUGCAGGGCGGGUGGACCUUACUGCGUUUUGGAUUUGGUUCACCCGUUCUCUUCAAGCCUGAGGUUUUCUAUGUAAACCCAUCCCCACCCACCAAGACACUUUUUUUUCUUUUUUUGCCUUGUACCUUCUCAUCCUCCCUAGCCAAGUCACGUGUGAUAUGGGAAACAAGCACCAUUGACUAGCAUUUUAGUUACCCAUCCAGGCGCCAGCAUUGCACUGAAGAGGCUGCUUUUAUUUUAUUUUAUUUUAUUUUUUGGUGCAGCGCUCUCCCAUCUAACAGCUAAGCCGGAACCAUACUUUGAGGCAGAAGUUCUCUUAAACACCCAAAAUCUUGGGUUGAGUUUUGAAACUUUUGAACUCACUACUGAUGAUGAUUCCACACGAGGCAAAUUUGUCUGAACACACAUUCCGUGUAUUUCGUGUACACUUUAUGACCCUGCCCUAAAUCUAUCAUCCACAUCUUCCAACAAUAAAGCACAGAAUGGAUUUAAUUAAGCACACAAAUACUAAGCCAGAAUUUUGAGGGUGGGGGAGAGGAAAAGAAAGGGGAAGGAGCUCAACAUGUAAAAAACCACACCAGAGAAGAAAAAUGACAUUCAGAACCAGCAGACACUGAAUUUCUCUUGUUGUUUUAACUCCGCCACAAGCAUGCAAUUUUGUUAAAAAGAGAUGACUUAAGUUGGCAGCAGGAAUCUUCUUUUAGUAGCUUGUACCACAGUCUUGCAUGUAAGUCGGAUUUGGCUUCAGUAAAGAGAAUUUCCUCAAAAUUAACUUCACUGGGAUAAUCAGCAGCAUAAGUACCCUGAAAAAAACCAGCGCUAGCCAAAGAGGGAAAUGUCUGCUUUUCUUACUGUGCCUAUAUUAAGACUAGCAAAGUAUGGUGUGUCUUCCAACAUUUAUUGAAAGUGCCAUAUCUAUUACAUAUUGUAUUGGAGUCACCGAUGAAGAGUAUGUUUUUUUCAUUACUAUAGUAGAAUUUUUUAUGGCAAGAUAUUUGUGAUCUCAAUCUUUCCUAUUAAAAUAACGCCAAACACCAAAUAUGAAUUUUAUGACGUACACUUCGUGCUUGGCAUUAAAAGAGAAAAACACACAUCCUGCAAGGCUGUAAGUUGUUUUUUGUUAUUGUAGUUCUUCAAAGUUAAACAAUGUAAGUGAAAAAUCUGGAGGAAAAGUUAAUUUCCACUGUGUGGAAUGUGAAUAGUUAAACAAAAAGUUAUGGUUAUUUAAUGUAAUUAUUAAUUCAAAUCCUUUGGUCACUGUGAUUUCGAGCAUUUGCUUUUUCUCCUUUAUUUGACUUCCUCUGAGUUGAGCAAGGAAGAAAGUGGCACAUUGUAUGUUGUUGGAGGCUUUUAUCACGUCAGAGGGAAACAAUAAAAUCUUGGCACAUCUGAACGUCUGUUACAGAGUCAGGACACGAGCUUUUGCUUUUUUUUUAAUCGAAUGUUCCUUAAAGGUUAACAUUUCUGAAGCAAUAUGAAGAAAGAUUUUAAAUGUUAUUUUGGAAGACUUAUGACAUGUGUAUACAAAUAGCAGACAAUAAUGAAUAGCUCACAAGUCCUUUUAAGGAGAAAAUCUAAAAUGAAAAGUGUAUGUGCAGAACAUGUCUAAAUGACCAGUUAAGGCUUAAGAGUGGAAGGAGUUCUAUUGAUUUGUCAUUCUCAAGAUAUUUAAUAUCAACUGCAUUAUGUAUUAUGUGUGCUUUAAUCAUUGAAAAACAACAAAGGAUUAUAUAGACUAUGAUUGAAUUAUUUUGUUAUGUAUGAGGAUGAGAGGCGAUUUAAUAGUCUCAUAAAAGUUAAUUUGGUUUAAAGCAAAGUUUUAUGAAUCUGUAACUAGAAUUUGAUUUUAAUCCCAAUUAUGUUCUAUAUCACCUUUCCCAGAAAGCAACCAAUAAAUCGAAACUCUUCUCUGUG